UCUUGCUAUGUCGCUGAUAGUCGCUGGCUCAAUGAACGAAGUUUGCCGAACUACCGCUGGAUGGUAGAUGUCGGUGAUCAGCUGCACGGAAGUUUUGUAAGCACAAUACUACGUUGUGUCAUGUAGUGACAACAAAGCACAUUGACUGCUUUUUUGUACGCUAUGCUCUGUCGAAAGCGACAGCCAGCUGAAUCUGCACAAGUGCGGAUCACUUACUGAAAGGCGGGUUUUUAACCAUGCCCACGCACAGGCAUUCAUUCCACGAUGAUAUUACCGAAGCGUCAUCUGACACCUUCAGUGUGAUCGGUCAUGUCCAAGUGUAAACCGCUGCACGUGUCGUACAGUUUAGUUUAGCCGGAAAAUGCUUGUGAACGUAGUCAAUGGAUGACUGUAAUCGUGCUAUCUUGAAUAGCGCCGUGUAUGAAACGCGCAGGGUGCGGGCCCAGUCCUCGUCGUCUCGUCAGACGAACUGUGCCAACAUUUGACUAAUGUGAAUGUCGUGUGCAUUUACGCGCGUUUAUUGUGCCUUCAAAACUUAGCAGGCCUCUCGCAACGUCAGGAGGCGCGAAAAGGAAGGGUUUGCGACCAUGGCCGACGUCUCAAGCUUCAAGACAGCCGAGGAACACUGUUCUGCUGCAGUGGAGCCAGGCUUGCCAGUGCCGGUCUCAAUGAGUCCGGGAGACAGUGCAGUUUGGCAUCUUCCAACAACCGUUGAGGAGAUCGCCAACCUAUGCGUCCGGUGCACAUCCUGUGGAUCUCAGGUUAAUCAUCAUCGCAAGAGCAAGUUUUACAAGCACAAGCUUCUAAGCGUAAUUGUUUGUAAGCGGUGCUACCAGUAUUAUGGUGAUGGCCAGUUUCGGCAGCCAGGAGCUGAUAGUGACGAGUACUGCAGUUGGUGUGCGGAAGGUGGUAUCCUGAUUUUGUGCGACCGCUGUGGCCGUGUUUUCUGCAAAGAGUGCAUAAGCUGGAACUUCUCCUGCCAAGAGCUGAAUCGCAUCGAAUCACUGGACGAGUGGCAGUGUUUCGUGUGUGAUCCAGCUCCACUUGAACCUAUGGUGAACUAUGCCAGCGUGAUCACUGACUACAGUCGACACCUGAAGAAGCAGAGGCCCUCCUCAAGCUCUCGUAGCGAGAAGCCGAAACUUUCCGAAGCUGACAUGAGGAAGCUGGUGCUCGAUAAGGCGAGAGAAAUCAAGCAUUCCCUUUCAGAGCUAGCCAAACGACCAGAAGGGUUCCUUGCAGAAGCAAGCAAGCUGCUUCGCGACCAUGCCAGUGCUUUGUCUUGCUUAGCUGAAAAUGUGGAAACCUGUCAGAGGCAGCAGCUGAGGUCUGUAAAACGUGCCAGCAGAAACAAGCACGGUAAAGACAGUUACCAUGAGGCUUCACCGUCAAUGUGCUCUCAGCCAGGUGUCAUUGCAACAACUGGGGAUGAAAGGGUAAUUGCAAUUGGUGGAGAGCAGCAUAUCGGCGGACCUGAAGGAGACAACUCGACAGAUAUGCAAGUUCAAGGGAGGAGUGAGCUAUGCUCUCAGGAUAAAACCAAUGGUCCAGAUGUUAAUGCCGCUACUCAUAUGAUAGGUGUGCCAAGCAAUUAAGAAAGAAAUCAACAGUCCGGAAGCUAGCUUCAGGCACGAAGUACCGGACGAAUCUACAAUCAAGACAGAAAUCAACAUUGCAGAAUUUAGCUCUCAAACUGAAAUGCUGAAUGUGUCUGAAAUUAAGGUGGAACCAGGCAUGGAUAGAUGUUCUAUACAUUCUGUUGCAGGAAAUGACGAUAGUGACAUUUGUGGAAGCCUGAACGGCCCACUAAUCAACUCCGAUGGGGAAUUGUCAUCUUUGGCUGCAGAUAUCAAAUGUGAAGAUGUUUCCAAGAACCUCACUACGGGUAUCCCCAUGGAGAGCACUAGUGAGCACUGCAGCAUGACUUUCAAGAAUGAGGACAAGGAUACUGCUUCUGAAGUAGAAAACAUUGAGGAAAUUCCACCGAGUGGAAAUGCUUCCUCAUUUGUGGAUGAGCUGAGUGCUUCUUCAAGCGACAGCGAUUUUGACUGUGGCAAAAAGUCCUCAGCCUAUAACUUUGUUAGGGAAGUCAAAUCUGGCAGCAAACUACCUUCUUCGGAAGAGGAAAGUGAGACAAGUGAGAGUUCUGAAACCGUUGAAGAGUGGGAGCAAACGACUCGGUGUGCAACUCGUAGGCGGCCUAACGAUAGCAAGAAGAGGCACUCCAGAGUCAGCAGAUCUGCCAGAGCAAAACGCCCGAGGAGGUCUAGUUGGCUCGCGAGUGAUUCCAGUGGCUCUUCGAGUGACACCAGUGAUUUCUCGGGUGAAGAUGACGAAUGGUGCGAUUCAUCGCGGAGAAGACCUCAAGCUCGUAAACGCAAGAUUCCUACGAAAAAGAAGUGUGCUUAUCGAGCUCCACCUCCUUUGUCGGAAGAAGUCCUCAAGAGAUAUCUGGACGAGGCGUUUGAGAGGUAUCAGGAUCCAAAGCUCACAAUGCGUGUAACUGUGGAUGUGGAACGCCUUGAGGUCGAUCAUUCACAGUAUGCUCCAAUGAGAACGACAUACGAGACAGAUGAGUGGAGUGGUGUGGAGGAACUUGAGGAUGCUUUCAACACUGCAAAGACACGGUCGUAUGAUUCAAGUAAUGACGGUGAUGAUAAAGAAGUUGAGGUAUCGCCAACAAAGAGCCAGGAUGCUGAUGGCAAAGGGCGCAGAAACAUUCGCCGACUCAUCUCAGACGAAGAGCUUGCUCAGCAGACCAAGGCAGCUGCUCAGGCCGAAGAAGAAAGAAAACGGCGCAUCGCCGAAAGGCGAAAGCUGUACUACGAAGUUCUGGGAACCGAAGUUGGAGAGACUCAUGAGAUGACGACGGAACUGGUGCUUGAAAUGGACCUGCAGACAAAGGAACCCCUUGUGCGUGUUGAUGAAAAGCUUGUCAAGUUCAUGAAGCCUCAUCAAGUGAAAGGUGUCAAGUUCCUCUAUGACUGUGUCAUUGAGUCAUUGGAGAUGCUGAAAAAGGACCCAGAAAAAGGAUCUGGCUGCAUUUUGGCUCACUGCAUGGGACUGGGAAAAUCAUUCCAGGUGAUAUCUUUCUUGCACACAAUGAUGACCCACAAAGAGGCUGGUCCAUUGCUUAGCACUGCCCUUGUUAUAUGUCCCUACAACACUGUCUUCAAUUGGGCUAAUGAAUUUGAUGUGUGGCUACAUAGAAAUGGACUGGACAUGAAGGUGUAUGAAGUGUCUUCCAUGAAAGUAAAUUUGCAGAGAGUGGAGGUGCUGGAGAGGUGGCACCGUGAAGGUGGUGUGGCCAUCAUUGGCUACAGCUUGUUCUGUCAGCUCAUUAAAGGGAGCGGCAAACGAAAGAAAACGGCACUGCUCAGUCGAUACAGAAAAAUCCUCCUGAACCCAGGGCCAAGCCUUGUAGUUUGUGACGAAGGACAUGUGCUGAAGAAUGCCAACACUGGCUUGUCCAAAGCCCUGAGUACCUUGAAGACUGGCCGAAGGAUUGUGCUGACUGGUACCCCCUUGCAGAACAACCUGACAGAAUAUCAUUGCAUGGUGAGCUUUAUUAAACCAGGACUCCUUGGAACAAAGACUGAGUUUAUCAACCGAUUUGUGAACCCUAUUGCCAAUGGACAGUGUGCAGACUCCACUUCUCAUGAUGUACAGCUCAUGAAAAAGAGGGUUCAUAUCCUUCACCGUCUUCUUGAAGGAUUUGUACAGCGCUGUGACAAGACUGCCCUGGCUCCAUACCUUCCUCCGAAGCACGAGUAUGUGAUCCUGGUACGGCUGUCCGACAUACAAGUGUCACUGUAUCGGCACUUUCUGAAGAACCUAACGCUGGGUGCCGAUGACCAGCGAAUGAACAACAUUUCACUCUUCACGGACUACUUCACCCUGCAGAACAUUUCCACGCACCCUCUGCUGCUUGAGCUUAGUGAUGACAGGGUUACUGCCAGGGAUUUUCUCAAUGAUGGCGAUGAGGAAGAGAGUGACAGUGCCAUUCCUUUUGUCGACGACGUGGUCUCAGAGAAAAGCACAUCCGAUUCAACUGAUGAGGACGUUGAAGCUGCAGAUAUCGGAGAGCCAACUGCUCAAUUGAAAGAAGGACGUGAAAAGGAUGACAUGGAUGGUGAAAGUGGGGCUGUUAAAUCUACGUCGUUAUACCACACGAGGAGUCGAGGGGACGUAGACAACCGGCCACCUACACCACAAGAGCAGAGAAAGAAGCAAUGGUGGGAUGAAUUUGUCUCUGAAGAAGACAUCGAGAAGCUGCAGAUCAGUGGGAAACUCACCUUAUUUUAUGACAUCCUCCAGGAGUGCGACGCCAUUGGAGACAAAGUUUUACUUUUCAGCCAGAGCCUGCUGACUCUGGACUUAGUGGAGAGGAUGCUCAGCAGUGCAACGGGCGGACAGCAACUGGGAGAGACCGAAACAGAUGUCGCAGACCCCGCUGACCCAUUGAAAGACUGCCACAACACAUGGGUGCUGGGCGUCGACUACUUCCGCAUUGAUGGUGCCACAUCGGUGGAUUUGCGCUCGCGCUGGAUCAGCAUGUUCAACGAUGAAAACAAUCAUCGUGGUCGUUUGUUCCUUGUGUCGACUAGGGCGGGCUCACUGGGCACUAACCUUGUGGGUGCGAACCGUGUGGUGCUCAUGGAUGCCUCGUGGAACCCCACGCAUGACACGCAGGCCAUCUUCCGUGUGUAUCGGUUUGGCCAGAGGAAGCCAGUUUUCAUCUAUCGCCUACUUGCUCAGGGGACUAUGGAGGAGAAGAUUUACUACCGCCAGGUGACCAAACUGGCACUGGCUUGCCGUGUGGUGGACAAGCGACACGUCGGGCGUCUCUUCAAUGCAGCAGAGCUUGUUGAUCUGUACACAUUCAAUCCAGUGGGAAAGGAUGAACCACAGUCCACACCCAAGGUGCCAAGCGACCGGCUUUUGGCAGAGCUGCUGAUUCGCAACAGAGACUGGAUUGUGUCCUACCAUGAGCAUGACUCACUGCUCCAGAAUGACAAAACAGAAGAACUGACGGAGGAAGAGCAUAAGUUAGCCUGGGAAGAGUACAAAAAUGAGCGUGAUGGAAGACUCAUUGCCUCAGCAACAGACACUACUUUGACGCCUGGGGCGGCAUCCAUGGCAAUGAAAAUAAAGCCAACCAGCCUACGCCGACUUACUCGAGAUGGCAAGAAAGCCAGAAAACGUCGUCCAGCGCCAAAAGUUAUUCGGAUACGAUUGCCCAUGGGCGCGGGGGCAACAGCAUUCAGCGACAUCCACUCCAGUGUUCGUAAACUCAUCUAUGGGAGUGAUGAGAAUGACAACCACAGGCGGCAUGAACUUUGUGACACAGAAUUUCGCUGACACAAACUUCACCAAUGUACUCAUGGCACCAAGGGUUGUACAAGUACCUAUGAAGAUGGCUGCGAACACUGUACUAGCUGGAUCGACUGUGACUGCUUCACCGGCAACCACCUCAACAACUGCUGUGGCAUCACCGACAGUGCCAACGAACCUGGUCAUGAUGGCACCCAGUUACAUCGACACCAGGACGAUGAAAUUUUGUUACUCAAAACCAACGGUAGUACAGGUGCCAGUAACAUUGCCCUUCAAUACUCUUUCAGGAGCGACUCCAGUACAAGGUGGCACCAAAUCAGUAUUCGUACAAAAAAAAGUGCUACAAGUGCAGGUACCAGUGAGCACUAGUUUGGCAGCAGCAUCGAGAAAAGUGGUACA